AUGUCAAAGGCAAAAGGACGCAAGGCAGAAAAGGUCGAAGAGCCAGAGCAAGCGAUGUUAGGCCCAAAUCUGACAGGCGAAAAAAUUUUUGCUGUUUGUCAUUUACUCGCUACUUUUAAUGACACUUUUAUUCAUGUCACUGAUCUGUCUGGAAGGGAAACACUUGCAAGAGUCACUGGUGGGAUGAUGGUAAAAGCUGACAGAGAAGAAAGUUCACCAUACGCCGCUAUGCUUGCAGCUGUCGAAGUGUGCAAUAGACUGAAAAAGCUUGGAAUAAACUCUUUACAUAUAAAAAUCAGAGCCAGAGGAGGCACUGAAAGCAAAACACCAGGACCAGGCGCACAAGCAGCUUUGAGGGCUUUAGCUAGAAAUGGGAUGCUGAUUGGAAGAAUUGAAGAUGUGACACCAAUUCCUACAGAUAGCACAAGAAGAGCUGGUGGAAGAAGAGGGAGAAGGCUUUAA